AUGAACUCCUACCUCGACUACCCGCUCUGCAACCGAGCGCCGAACCUUUUCAAGGCCGGGUACCACAGCCUGAACCACGGAUACGUGACACCCAACGCCGAUGGUUACGCUCAGGAGGGCCGAUUGGUUGCGCCGCACCAGAACCACCAGAACCUUCCCUUGCACCACCAUACGCACGUCAGUCUAGACCUGCAGUACGCACCGCCGCCGCCGGGAAACUCAGUGUACGGGUCCCCAGUGGAAUAUGGACACCACCAGUACGGCCUGGCCCCUGAGCAGGACCGGGGCUACAUGCACGGAAGCAACAUGCCGUCUUACGGCGGGGAUAGCUGCAGCGCCCCCGGACCACAGUACGUUCAUUACGGCGGAGCGGAGCAGAGGCAACCGGAGUACGUUCCAGAAAAUGUUUACUCGUGCGGGGCGGCCCAGAACCAGGACGCCGAUCACUCGGAGGAAGCUUCCAAAACUUUCGACUGGAUGAAAGUGAAGAGGAAUCCUCCCAAAACAGCGGUCCUAUCAGAGUUCGGCGUCCCGGGCCAGCAAAACGUGAUCCGCACUAACUUUACCACGAAGCAGCUGACCGAACUGGAGAAGGAAUUCCACUUCAACAAGUACUUGACGCGGGCUCGGCGAGUGGAGGUGGCCGCCAGCCUGGAGCUCAACGAGACUCAGGUCAAGAUCUGGUUUCAGAACCGGCGCAUGAAGCAGAAAAAGCGCGACAAACUGGGCUGCGUGCUGGGCAGCGGGUCCGCGGAGAAGCUCUCGGGGCUGGGCCCUGACACCCCCUCAGCACCGCCGCCCCCCAAGGCCGGGGCAACAGAAUGA